AAAGCAGCGGGAAUAAAAGGAGCAUGGUGCAUGUGAUCAUGUAAACAGAAGAAAAUGUUUUCAGUCUGUCUGCAAACAGCUGUUUUUGUUUGAUCGUGUGUUUUUCUAAUACUCCAGCUGUUACAAUAAAUGUGAUACUCAGUCAUGGCUGUGGAACCAGCAGCAGUAAUCCAGCUACUCAGAAGCCAGAAGAUCAAGCUGAUAGACAUUCUCAGUGCCGAUGCCGAUUUUGUCCUGCAGCAUGCAGACUCUCGCUGUUUGCUGUCUGCUCACGGCUACCAGCAGGUGAAAGCUUGCCGUGUUCCUAGUGAGAAGGUGACAGACCUGCUGGAUCACAUCAUCCAGAGAGGUCCUGAAGCAGCACGGGGUCUGCUGGAACUUCUGAACGACCAGGCCCUGCAGGAAACCUUCCCAAGGCUUUGCUUCAUUAAGGAUCUGCCAGUCAACACACUGUCUUCAGGCGAAACAUCAAGAAAGAGAGAAACAGCUCCUGACUUGCAAGAGACCAUUCCAUCCAAAAAGAUCUACACCAAAGGCUCUCGCUUAGUGAAGGAGAAGCAGCUGAUGACCGUGGCUCGUACCAUUGGCAGAUCUUGGAGGGAGAUUGGCAGACUGGCUCUGGACAUCCCCUCCGUAAAGCUGGAACAGAUUGCAGAGGACCAUUCGCUCCAUGUAGAGCGAGUGUUUGCCAUGCUGCGCUACUGGAGCACCUGCCAGAGGGAAAAAGCCACUGCUGCUCACCUGCACUUGCUGCUCAGUCAGGAAGACUGGGCGCUGCCACCUGAAAGCAUCGACUCUCUGUUGGAGACUGACUGAGGCCGUCACUCUCUGGUACUUGCUGGGACUGAAACCCUGUUUUUACUCAGAAUGAGUGUGUUUCUCAUCAUAUAGACUGUCAUUCCAUAUCAGGAAAAAACAAUACUUGAAGACUUUAGUAUGGAAUGACCCCACAGUUCCAUUUAGUACCACUGAGGCCUUUUGUUCAAGGUUCUUUAUAUAGCCUAUGUUUACAAUCUAUUUAUAUUUUUGUCAUCCAGAUUGUCCAUACUCUAAUUUUACUAUGUUGGUCUAUUCUAUCUAUUCAAUUCAAUUCAAUUUUAUUUAUAGUAUCAAAUCAUAACGAGUUAU